AAAAAAAUGUCUCUGACUACACAGACGUCAGCCUUCGCAAUAAAAAAAAACGAAAAUUAUGAAAAAAGACGUGUCAAGUUGUUGAGCUGCAUUUGAUAAAAAUAUUCUUACUCUAUUUUAUUAAAUAAAACCUACAUCUUAUAAGUAUAUAGAUCUUUGUCACUAGAAUGACCGUUGAAAAGAUAUUAUUUGUAUUAUUUAUAUGUAUUUCUAUUAAUUUUGCAAAAAAAUAUAACGAUGAUGAGAGACCGGCAUGGGCAAAGAAAGAUAUUCGGGACUUUUCUGAUGCCGAUUUGGAAAGGCUCUAUGACCAGUGGGAAGAAGAUGAAGAGCCUCUACCUGAAGAUGAGCUCCCGGAACACUUACGGAAACCUCCAGCAAUAGAUUUAACAAAGAUGGAUAUGUCAAACCCUGAACAAGUUUUGCAAGCUACAAAAAAAGGUCAAACAUUAAUGAUGUUUGUGACUGUUGCAAACAAACCUACACGAGCCAGGGCUGAAGAGUUGACCAAAAUAUGGCAAACUUCUCUAUGGAACAACCAUAUUCAAGCUGAAAGAUAUAUGAUAGAUGAUGACAGAGCAAUAUUCAUGUUCAAAGAUGGCUCUCAAGCUUGGUCAGCUAAAGAAUUCUUAUUGGAACAAGAGGAGCUCAAAGAUGUGCAGUUGGAAAGUCAAACAUAUCCAGGGAAUAAACCAGAUGUCAAAAACAAAGCAUUGAGAGAUGAACUAUAAACAAGAUGAUAUUUCUAGAUAGGAAAGUCUGACUAAUUAUAAUUUAAGUUGAAUAUUUUGAUCACACUCCAAACAGUAAAU